AUGCAAACUACCAACCGUUACACCCCAGUCUUAUUGGGUCCUCCUAAGUUGCCGCCGUCGCUCCUUCGUAUUGUGGCUUCAGGGAAGUGUAAAGGAAUUGUCAUGAGAGGGCGAAUGAAAAUGCCAUGCGCUUGUGAAAAAGGCAUCUUUACCAUAUCUUCUGGAUCAAACGAGAAAAAUAGAUGCACUUAUUGCGAUCAUACAAUUGGAGAGCAUGAGGAUGUCGACACUCUUCCCGAAGGCUCGCCAUCUGCCAGUGACCUCGAGGAGAAGCAACAGGACGUUCAGAAGACUAAGGCAUCCAAAAUCACGAAUAGCCCAUUGACAUGUCCUCGACAGGACACAGUCUCAGCAUUUGCUGACCUUAUUGAAUCCAAGCCAGUUGUUUAUGUUCGAGGCACUCCUGCGAGCGGAAAGACAACGCUUGCUCACCUGCUUACGGAUCAUCUUAUUAAGAAAGAUUGGACCGUCUUUUUUCUGAAGACAUGGGGAAGAGAUCUUGAUGGUUUUUGUAUCGGCAAUGAGACCGCUUGGGAUGGGUUAGAGCGCAAGCUCCAGCAUUACUACCCACACCAUAAUCUAGCAGAUUUCUUCGCUCCAAAGACUCUACUUCUUAUUGAUGAGGCCCAGAAGUCAUACUCAGAUGAGAUAUUCUGGAAUCAAAUUAUCAAGGAACGACUAGAUCAUUUGGUACCUAGAGACAUACGAAUCUGCCUCUUCUGUUCUUAUGGGAGUCCAUUUACUGGCGUCGAGACUCACGACUAUACCCCGGCCAUAUUUCACCCAGGGCAAUGCGUCACCUUCACCCCUCAGCCAAUUGAAGGCUCCCCGCGGAUUGGACUUUUUUUCACCAGGUCCGAGUUUGAUGACAAUGUUUUCCGAAGGAUCCAAUACCUGUAUACUGAAGAAUUCACCCUUCAUAAAGAAGCCAGUGACUAUCUAUUCUCUCUUACAAAUGGACAUCCUGGAGCUGUAGACGGGAUGUUAUCCUAUAUCUAUGAGGUCUAUCGCAGCAAGAUCAAACACGAGGGAUUAUCCGUGAUAACAAAACAGCAUGUUGUCUUCAGCUUGGAAAAUGAAGAAAAAGUCUGGAUGUAUCUUAAAGGAUGCCCUGUUGCUCGUUCUUUUGCUAGACGUCCUAAAUUAACACCUGAUGCUGCUAAUGUCCUUGCCGAUAUCCUGGAGCAAGGAAGCAUCUCAUGGGAUGACCGUCCAGGAAUGAUGGCAUGUUUUGUGAAUGGAUGGAUUCAUAAGCUCAUCGUGAAUGAGACGCCCAAUUCCCUCGAAGAAGAAAUUGCUGUUCUUCCAUCACGCCUACAUGAGAAAUGGGUCGAGCGAUAUAUCAGCCAUAGACGAAAACCCUUGCCCGAAAGAUAUGGUACACUUCGAGAACUUUGCCUAGACAUUCUCAAUCAAUUUUCUGUCAUUUCUUUGCAACACUCCUCCCAGGGCAAAAAGAUUUCCAGUGCAGCGAAGUACAGGCCUGUAGAAGCCCAUUACCAGGAUGAGUUCUAUAAAGCCUUCAGGAUGGUCGCAGGGCGGGGGGUUCCAAUCUCCUCAGAGUGGUCCAGAACCAAGAAAGGAAGUUUAGAUUUUUGGAUGCCUGAGAAGAUGUGGGCCAUCGAACUCCUGCGUGACUAUGAUCGGGUUGAUGAACAUAUCUCGAGGUUCCAGAAUAUGGGACAAUAUCAUGACUGGGUAAUAGAAGGCAUGAUCAAAGACUGGAUUAUCAUUAAUUGUGCGACUACUGUACCUGCCAUUGACUAUCCUGAGCCAAAUCUCAUCCAUGCUAUCUUCCAAGAAGACUAC